AUGCUAGCCACACCAUUAUAUAAUUGUGAUUAUGAUAGGGUAUAUGAACCAGCAGAGGAUUCAUUUCUUUUAUUAGAUUCUUUAGAAUCUGAAUUAUCCUUUUUAAGAUCAAUCUUUGAAAAAGACAACUAUUUCCCCAUCAUAUUAGAAAUUGGUUGUGGCUCAGGAAUUGUAACCACAUUUUUACAUCAACAUGCUAUACCAACAAAUAAAGGAUUGUAUUUGCCAGUAGAUAUAAACCCAUGGGCCAUCGAUGCUACCUUACAAACCAUAAAAAAAAAUCCCCCAACUAAAGAUCUACAGACAACAACUAUAGUGGAUCCGCUUCUUAUGGAUUUGGUUGCAGGCUUAAAAAGUAAUUCGGUUGAUUUACUGGUUUUUAACCCACCUUAUGUGCCAGCAGAAGCGGUACCUAACUUACCACCUGGCACAAAUGAUGAAGGUUGGUUAGACUUGGCAUUGCUAGGAGGCGAAGAUGGAUUAGUUGUUACAAAUAAACUACUAAAUAAUCUACACAAUAUUUUAUCACCCAAGGGAGUAGCAUACAUUCUAUUUUGUGCUCGAAACAAACCCCAAGAGAUCCAAUUGAGAAUGGAAGGGCAUGGUUGGAAAGUCGAUUUGAUAGAGAAAAGAAAGGCAGGUUGGGAGGUACUUAGUGUAUACAAAUUUCAGAAAAUAAAAACAAAUUUUUAA